AUGGGUGUAUUCGAUGGCCAUGGCGGCCGCGACGACACUGGGCGUCUGACCAAGUCGGUAGUCGACGCGUCUGAUCUCCACAGCUCAAAGCAUGCGCAGUCUAGGACCGCAGAUACGGCGCUGGAGAUGUCUCCCGAGCAGGAGACUCCUACCACUAGCGACACAGAUUCAUCGUUCGGUGUAAACGGCGUCGAUGACGACGAGAAGGAGGUGCAGCACAACCCCGAGCACGUCACUGUGCAGGCGGGCUUGGGACAACAGAAAGCUGAAGCAGCAGCUCUGGUGUGGAGCCGCAACACGGUCUUUGCCGUCUACGCAUGGAUUUGGGUCGGCUUUUUCAUGCUGGCCUUCCACUCCGCUAUGAGCUCCACGCUCAUGAAUUGGGUCUACAGUGACUUUCAAUCCGCUCCCCAGGUGUCAACCUCGUACAUCUUGGCUAGCAUCAUCGGUGGAACGCUGAAGCUCCCGCUGGCAAAGACCUUGCAGCUAUGGGGUCGUGGCGAGGCUUUGCUUUUUUCCACGGCUGUCUACAUUCUAGGCAUGAUCAUCUUGGCAGCUUGCAACGGACCCAACGCAUUUGCCGCAGGAUACGUCUUCUACUGGAUUGGAUACUAUUGUAUCUAUCUCAUUCUCGACAUCUUCGUUGCCGACACCACAGGACUGCGGUCGCGAGCAUUUGCCUUCGCCUUUGCCAGUACCCCCUUCAUUUGUACCGCGUUCACCGGUUCUUUGGCAGCGCAGUCAGUUUUCCAAACUGCUGGCUGGCGCUGGGGAUACGGCAUCUUCUGCAUCAUCCAGCCCUUCGUGUUCAUUCCUCUGGCGGUGGUGUUCAAGUUUUAUGAACGAAAGGCUAUUCGUCUCGGAGUGUGGCAGCCAAGAAACUCUGGACGCACAAUGUUCCAGUCGGUCGUUCAUUAUUUCCAUGAAUUUGAUGUGGUGGGCGCACUCCUGCUGAUGGCCGCAUGGGUCAUCUUCCUGCUCCCCUUCAGUCUAGCUCAAUAUGGUCGCUCUCAAUACGACUCAGCCACCUUCAUUGCCAUGAUCGUUGUUGGAUUCUGCAUGCUCUUUGUGUUCGCUGCAUGGGAGAAGUGGUUUGCCCGCCACCAUUUCAUCCGCUAUGAAAUGCUCAAGAAACCUACCAUCCUUGGUGCCUGCAUCUGCUCGGCUGUCGCUUUCUUCAGUUUCUAUCUCUGGGAUCAGUACUUUUACAACUUCGUUCUGAUCACAUAUAAUCUGAACGCCAGUAUGGCCGGCUAUAUGAUCCAGAUCUACAAUGUGGGAUCAACCUUCUGGUCGCCUAUUCUGGGACUGAUCAUCUGGUGGACCAAGCGCUUCAAGUACAUUGUCCUCUUCUUCGGUGUACCUUUGAUGCUUCUUGGUUCUGGCUUGAUGAUCUACUUCCGUGGCUCUGAGCACGGUAUCGGCUACAUCAUCAUGUGCCAGAUCUUUAUUGCCUUUGCGGGUGGCACGAUCGUUAUCGGCGAGGACAUGGCCGUGAUGGCAGCUGGUGGCCGCGAAAAUACCCCCAUGAUGCUUGCUUUGAUUGGUCUCUUCUCCAGUAUCGGCGGCGGCAUCGGGUAUGCAGUGUCUGCUGCUAUCUACAACAAUGUGUUUGUGGAUGCGUUGACGAGCCAUCUACCCGACGACCUCAAAGCCAACGCAACCCAGAUCUAUCUUGGAGGCAUCGGCGUGCAAAGCACCUACCCUGUGGGUUCUCCUCUUCGCGAUGCUUGUGUCUAUGCAUGGGGUUAUGCCCAACGCAUGAACUGUAUUGCCUCGACUUGCGUUCUUGUGCUGCUUAUCCCUGCCGUCGCUGUGUGGAAGAACUACGAUGUUGGCAAGAAGCAAAAUAAGGGUACCAUGCUCUUCGAUUAA